GAAUUGUCGUCCGGGCGGGCGGGCAAGACUCCAGCUGACCAGCCAGCUGCUUGAAGCUUAAGGGGUUCAACUUCACUAUGAAAUUGUAGCUGCUGAAGGUACAUACAGUUAUUGUUAAUAGGUGAGGCUAUUCCGUCUUUAUUCAAACAUCAAGUUUAUAAACAUACCGAGAAAAAAAACACACGUGUCUUUAUCCAUUUCCACAACUAUGCCGCCCUUUAUUCCGGAUUUUGGAACGCAAGAUGUUGCUCAAGAGAAUGUUUUGCAGUCAGCAGAUCAUGCUCACAUAGGUAUCAAUGGUUUUGGGCGAAUAGGCCGGAACUUGUUGCGAGCAUCAUUACUUCGGGACAACGUUACCGUUGUGGCUAUCAACCACACUUGCUCUUCGGUUGAAGAUGUCAUUCAUCUGCUUAUGCACGACUCAACACAUGGCGCCCUUGACAAAUUGAUGGGUCACAAAACGCAAAUUGACAUCUUACCUAAUGGAAGCAUUGCAAUUGAUGGCCAGCAAAUUGCACUCAUGUCUGAGCGCAACUUGGAUAAAUUAGACUGGGCGAAACAUGGAGUAGACUACGUUGCCGAAUGCACUGGCAAGUUUCGGUCUACUGCUCUUGCAAGCAAACAUGUCACUAUAGGGGGUGCGAAAAAGGUCUUGAUAUCGGCGCCAAGCCCGGAUGCGCCAAAUAUAGUUUACAAGGUUAACUCGGAUAACUACGUGCGACUUUCCAAGGAAACUAUAGUCUAUUCUUGCGCUAGUUGCACUACCAACUGUUUGGCACCCAUCGCCAAGGUUCUUCAGAAUUCCUUUGGGAUUCAACACGCUUUCAUGACUACCGUACAUGCGUCGACACAAUCCCAACAUGUUCUUGACGGAUAUAGCACAAAGGAUAGGCGCUCAGGGCGCUCGAUAAUGGGAAAUAUAAUUCCAACUACUACUGGUGCAGCGAAGGCCAUAAAAACUGUGUUGCCUGAGUUGGCCGGUAAAGUGUCUGGUAUCUCAGUUCGGGUGCCUACAGCAAAUGUGUCCAUGGUGGACUUGACUGUUGAAACUUUACAGUCAACAUCUCUCGAAGAAAUAAUGAACAAGUUCCGUGCUUCAGCUCAACAGGAGCUGUUUGGUGUUCUCCAGGUUGAAGAUGAGGAGUUGGUGAGCUCAGACUUUCUCGGAAACUCGUGUAGUGCAAUCAUUGAUUCAAAAGCUUCGGUCGAGCUUAAACCCAACUUCUUCAAGAUUAUUGCGUGGUAUGAUAAUGAAUGGGCUUACUGUUGUAGGCUUUUAGAUAUGCUAGUUUUUAUGAAUAGUCAAGAUCUUAUAAGCGGAUAGAGAUAAUGUAUUCACAGUGGGAAUUGAAAUUGAAUUAGUUUAUAGAAUAUGCUGAUACUUGUAAUCCAGUUUGAGUGGUGAUAGUGCUAUUGCGACACAGAACUCCUAAAUAGAAUGCAAGAGGUUGGGUUUUAUGAUGGGAUAACGGCUGUAUAUCUUCAGAUCCACUGCAUAAAACUGUGGAGGAGGCCACUACCCCGCCAUUAGUAAUAGCAAUAGUCAUAGGCCCACCCCCAGAAGUUGUGAUGAGGUAUGGAGAUAUCCGCUCUUUUUCUUGGCUAAGAAUAAUCAAGACAUUCUUCUUACUCUCUUUGAGAAGCUGAGAAUGUCUAUGGCGAAAUAUAGAUUUCGAUUCUAUCA